CGGAUCGUCGGCAGCUGCUCGAGCCCCGGUUCUAUUUUCACACCCGCCCCAGGAUAAAGUCCUGCACGACCCGAACCCGCAGCUCCGUUCAGACCACGAUGAAGUCCAGCAGCACCGCGCAGACCGACGGCUUCGCCUCCGAGCUGGACAGCGGUUCCGACAGCUCGGACGGGAAGUCCACUGGCGGAUGUAGCCCUCGGAGGGAAUCGGUUCAGGAGGCAGCUUCCCGUCCCGGUGCGCCGCGCCGGAGGAGGCGGCGGCGAGGGAGCGGCAGCGCCGCGCACAGAGGCGGCGGAGACGCGCCUCCGUCCGGCUCAAGUAAACAGAGGCAGGCGGCGAACGCGCGGGAGCGGGACCGCACGCACAGCGUGAACACUGCCUUCACGGCGCUGCGGACUCUGAUCCCCACCGAACCCGCAGACCGGAAACUCUCCAAGAUUGAGACGCUGCGCCUGGCGUCCAGCUACAUCUCCCACCUGGCCAACGUGCUGCUGCUGGGGGAGGACUGUCGGGACGGACAGCCCUGUCUCCGGUACCGGGACAUCCUGCACGGAUCCGCCGCGCUGAGCGCCCCCUCCCUGCGACCCAUCUGUACUUUCUGCCUCAGCAACCAGAGGAAACUGGUAGCUCAGAGACGGAGGGAAGCACGCAGCUGCUCUGUGAACUGGAGCCUACCUUGCCAUUUAUACGCUCUGAACUUUGUAAAAAUAUUCAUUUUUGGCUUCAAAAAAGAAAAGAUGAAAACAAACGAGGGAAAAGCACCUCCUAGUGAGACGUGAACUCGUGUUUUGGUGGGGCUGUAACCAGAGCCGAUGUUUAAAGCUGCACCUGACGUGGGGCUAUUUUGGUCCCACUGAUAGUACAAACUACCCCUGAUGGACAACCACCAACACCACCAGGACCCCACAUAUCCCUCCUAAAAAAAAGGCCUCGUCACCUACGGUCACAUGGAGGAAACUGAAGAGGACUUGGUGCAGUCGUUGCUGUCAGUUUAAAGGAACCUUCAAGGACAGUGGAGAAUAUUAAACUCCAAAGGUGUCUCAAGCAGUCCAUCACAUCCUGUGGUGACCAGAACUGCAGUUACCUUUGAUGCUGGUAGUUGAACUGCCUUGGAGACCUCAGCACCAGUGGUAGGCAAGUCCAUAAGCUCCAUAACGGAGACCCUUCGAGUUGGGCUUAAAACAUCUUCUACUGGAAUCUCCAUUCCCAGAGGAGUGAAGCCAUUAGCUGUCCGAAUCUGUUACCGCUUACCCCUGGCUUCGAUCGAUAGUUCCCUUAAGUUCUAGAAUCCAUUUCUGAAGUUAACGCCGUGACCGGCACCAACCGCUUCAGCAAAGGGGGGCUGGGACACAUCCCAGUAGAAAACAGUGUCUCCACUCACUCCCACGUCUGAACCCCAUUGGAGCAGCUUCAACUGGGUUCAAGCCCACAUGGGGUCCAUUCUCAUGGUGCUUUUGAUGUACCUCGGAACUGGGAAUGGCAUCACACUUGGCUACAGUAGUCUGAGAAGUCAGGAUUCCAAUAUGGCGACGCACGCCAUUGUUUGUAGAUUCCUUGAACAGUUUUAAGCUGUACGUUCAACUUGCAAACAAAACAUUUUCUAUGUUCAGCUUAGAGUUGCAAGCACAUGUAACAUUGAUUUUAAACGCACUCUUUUAAGUGUGUUUCAUGAAAUAAACACAUUUCACCCAAAUAAUUAUUGUUUAUACAGAGAGCUGCCAUUUUAGAUUCUUCCUGAGUUUUCGACCGGGGGGCCGACAUUUUUCCUACUCGGAAGUCGAGAUUUACGAGGACAAAUCAAACACACCAUUAAGGAUCCAUAUCUCAAUCUCAGCUAAGAAUUAUAUACAAAUGCUUAAAAAUGUUAAAUUGUGGUUUCAGAUCAUGUGGGACAUUUCUGAGGCUUUUCUAGCCUACGUGUUGGGAUUUUAUAUUUAAAAAUUUUAAAUGUAUUUUAUGUAAUUAUUUACAUUUUAACUAUCAUCUCAUACAACAUGUUUGAUUUUGUGAAAAAGGCAUAGUAAAACGUGUUUUUAGUUGGGUAAGCGCGCUUCCCUCAGUAGAAAUAAAUGCACUGGGGCAAAUGGAGACCCAUCCAAGAUGGCGGUCGGCCACUACAGCAGCUCCGGGGUCUUUGGGCUAGUAAGAGCUAGCUUAAAAGGAGCUAACAAUAGAACGGAAUAUACGGAAGUUCAUCUUAGAUUUUUACAAGAAUACGCUUUGAAGAACUUCGUAAUUAGGUGUUCCUACUUUAAACUGUAUCUCUGGAACUUUGUAAACUGUUUUCACUGAAAAAAUAUUUGCAACAAAUUCAAGUUUUAGCUUUAUUUUUUGAAAGGUCUGAUGAAUGAAGUGUGGGGAAAUGUUUACUUUUGCAUAGUUGCACAGUUGUUUAUGUUUUUAUCACAGAGUGUUGAUGAGGAACUUGCAUCAAACUGCCUUUUGCACUUAUCCGGAGAAUUUGCAUAUUUAUCACUAAAACUCAACUGAAACCCUGAAUAUUUAACUGUUGCUCACUACCUCAGACCCAUGUUGAAUGCCUACCUCUGAAUCAGAGUAACAUGACUGGAUGAGAAGUACUUGAAUGCCUGAAUGUUUUUUGCACUUUGCCAACACUGAAAAGCUGCUGAAAGAAAAGUUUUUUGUACGAAUUACACAAAAAUGAAAAAUAAACUUUAUAUUUAACCCUU